GUAUAAUUUUUGGCUCUGAGCGCCGCGUUUUUAUACCGGGACAAUUGGUCGGUUUCGGCAGUAACGUUGCGAUAGCGCACACAUCGUUACAAAGUUAUUUUAAACAAAGUUCAGUCGUAUCGUGUAACAUUGCACAAUGGACAUCCUGUUUCAGAUUAUAAUUGCUGUUAGCGCCGUUUUAGCAUAUAAAAUAAUAAUAAGUGUGUAUAAAUAUUACAUUACAUGGAAAAAACUCAAGCACAUUCCUGGACCUACUUCUUUUCCUAUUAUUGGAACACUUGAAUUUCAAAGGUUGAAUGCAAUGGAAGAACGUACGAAAUGGUAUCUAACACUUCUAAAUAAAUAUAAAGAUGGAAUUAUAAAAUAUUGGGUAGGAUUUAUGCCAGGAAUUUGUCUAUACGAUCCAAAUUUAAUACAAGUUGUUCUUUCAAGUAAUAUACAUAUUAAUAAGUCAUAUGACGUGAUGAUGCUAAGUGAGUGGUUAGACGAUGGACUUCUUACUGCAAAAGGUGAACAAUGGCACAAAGACAGGAAACUUCUUACUCCUACAUUUCAUUUCGAUAUACUGAAACAAUAUGCUUUGACCAUGUCUCAAAAAACGGAAAUGAUGAUAAAAGAUAUUGAAGAAAAUUUAAAAGAAAACCCACAACAAGCAAUUAGCAUCAUACCUUGUAUUACAAAAGUUGUCACCAAUAUUAUACUCGAAACUGCGAUGGGCGUAAAUUCACAUGAAACUAUAUCUGAAUAUUCAGAAGCUGUGGACAGAUAUUUUAACUUCCACUGUACGCGUGCAACUAACUGGAUUUAUUUGUUAAUGCAUGAAUUAGGUCCGAUAUGUGCUUUAGUUCCUAUUAUAAGACAAACUAAAGCAACUAUUACUUAUAUGCAUAACUUUGCAAAUAAGAUAAUACAAAAAAGAAAACUUGUGCGUUAUAAACAGAAUGGCAAAGAUGAAAAUUUACAAAAUGAUUACGAUGCAUCAGACAAGUCGAGAAGAAAAGUGUUUUUAGAUCUUCUAUUAGAGUUGAGGGACAAUGGCAACACUUCAUUAUCUGAUAAGAAAGUGAGAGCACAAGUCGAUACAUUUUUAUUCGCGGGUCAUGAUACAACGAAAACGUCAGUUAGUUGGGCGCUCUUUUGUAUCGGCAACUAUCUGAAACAUCAAGAAAAGAUUCACGAAGAACUAGAAGAAGUGUUUCAAGAUUCACAGAAACCAGCGACCGUACAAGAGAUCUCGCAAUUAAAAUAUCUCGACAGAGUCAUAAAAGAGUCGCGCAGAUUAUAUCCAACUGUACCUUAUAUAGCGAGGGAACUGUCAGAAGAUACAAAAAUAGGUGAUUAUAUAAUUCCAGCCAAUAUUCGAGUUUUUAUUUUAAUAUUACUGCUGCAUCGGAAUCCAGCUAUUUGGCCAGAUCCGUUAACAUUCGAUCCAGAUCGAUUUUUACCUGAAAAUAUCAAAUCAAUGCAUCCGUACGCUUACAUACCAUUCAGCGCGGGACCAAGAAAUUGUAUCGGACAAAAAUUUGCUAUGCUCGAAGAGAAAAUUAUAUUAACGGCUAUACUCAGGAAAUGGAGGAUAAAAUGCGUGGAAACUCCUGAGACAGUAAUUAUAAAAAGUGCUAUUGUUUUAGUACCAACUCAGGGAAUUCAUAUCGAAUUUAUUCCGAAAAAAUAAAUAUUAUAAAAUAAAUAUUAUACAAUAAAUAUUAUAAAAUAUUAUAAAUAAAUAAUAUUAUAAUAUUAUAAAUAAUAUUGUAAAUAAAUAUUAUUUAAAAAAUAAAUAUUAUGUAUCAGUUAUAGUUCAUGUGCGUUGGAUAAACAUUAAUAAAUACAGUAAAAUCUCUCUA